GCAUUGGGUCCUGCACUGCAGCUUCUGUACCGUGCAUUGUGCAGCCUUGGGCCUGGCACUGCACCCGCUGUCCUGCGCUGCAGCUCCUGUACCGUGCUUUGUGCAGCCUGGGGCCUGGCACUGCAGCUCCUGUACCGUGCUUUGUGCAGCCUGGGGCCUGGCACUGCAGCUCCUGUACGUGCAUUGUGCAGCCUGGGGCCUGGCACUGCACCCGCUGUCCUGCACUGCAGCUCCUGUACCGUGCUUUGUGCAGCCUGGGGCCUGGCACUGCACCCGUUGUCCUGCCUUGCAGCUCCUGUACUGUGCUUUGUGCAGCCUGGGGCCUGGCACUGCAGCUCCUGUACUGUGCAUUGUGCAGCCUGGGGCCUGGCACUGCAGCUCCUGUACUGUGCAUUGUGCAGUCUGGGGCCUGGCACUGCACCCGCUGUCCGCCACUGCAGCUCCUGUACAUUGUGCAGGGCUCCUGUACCAUGCAUUGUGCAGCCUGGGGCCUGGCACCGUGUACCAUAGGACCCUGACCCUGCACCACAUACUCUCAGUUCUGAGCCCUGUCUCUCACACACUCUGGGCCCUGUGUUAUUUACUGAGCCUCUGGAGCAUUGGGCUUGAACUGUCUGCUAGGAGCCAUUCAUUGAGCAUCAUGCACCCUCAGCUUGAGCCAUGCCCUAGAUACUAUACGUGCUGAUUUAUGAAUCCAGCUCCACGUACUCUGGUCUCGGCUGUGUUGGAUCCCAGCUCUAUGUCCACCUCUUCUCGCAGAGUGAGCCAUGGCUGGAAGAGGAGGCAGAGGGAGGGGUCGGAGCCAGAUGACCUUCAAUGUGGAAGCUGUGGGCAUUGGGAAAGGUGACUCGCUGCCCCCAUCCACUCUCCAACCCUCGCCACUCUUCCCUCCCAUGGAGUACAAGCCAGUCCCUCUGCAGACAGGUGAGGAGGUGGAAUACAUGCUGGCACUGAAGCAAGAGCUGAGGGGAGCCAUGAAGAAUCUGCCAUAUUAUGUCAAGCCAGCCGCCCCCAAGAAAGAUGUUGAGCGCUACUCGGAUAAAUAUCAGAUGUCUGGCCCCAUUGAUAAUGCUAUUGAUUGGAACCCAGAUUGGCGGCGCUUACCGCGGGAGCUAAAAAUCCGAGUUCGAAAGCUCCGGAAGGAGAGAACCACCAUUCUGAUCCCCAAGCACAAACAGCGGCUCCCGGUGGACAAGGAGGAAGCCAUUAAGAAACUGGAGACCCUUGAGAAGAAGGAGGAGGAAGUGACAUCGGAGGAAGAAGGAGAGAAAGAGGAGGAAGAGGAAGGCAAGGAAGAAGAGGAGGAGGAGUAUGAUGAGGAGGAGCACGAAGAGGAGACAGAUUACAUCAUGUCCUACUUCGACAACGGGGAGGAAUUUGGGGCCGACAGUGAUGACAACAUGGACGAGGCGAUAUACUGAGGGGAGCCGGGUUGCUCGGAUACCAGACUGGCGUGGACGGUGCUCGGACGCCUGGUGUCGCGGACUCCAGCCGUCUGCCCGCAGCAGGGACGGACGGGUGUGCCACGUUGGGGACGGCCGAUCCCUCGGGGGAAGGAGGGGCCAUGUCUGGGCUCGCUGGGGACACCCCCGUCCUUCCUCCAGCUCGGUCACCAUUUCUGUCCCCGCAGUGGGAGGCUUGGAUUCAGAUCAGCCGCUGGGACACGGCCCUUUGCUUCCUGCCUGGCCUCCACCCCCCUUCGAGUGGGCCAGCUGGGGGUGCUGAUGGGGCCUCACCUUGGAACCCUCCAGAGGACGAUCUCGCGCUUCACCCCUAGGUGGUGCUUUUGAUCCAUUUUCCCAGCAGCUGCCGCUUGCAGGCGGAUGGAAAAUUCUGCUGGGACGGCUAGAGAAUUGAACUAGGAUAGAGGAUUGAACUCCGGCUGACAUAACCAGCAUGUCCAAGUGACAGACAUGCUCUGCCUUCGGACACCCCACCCCCCCACCCCCAGCUUCCCCAAGGGGUCCGGCUAGCUCAGCUGCAGGAGAAACUGACCAGAACACCACCUUCCUGGGACUGUCAUGUCCUGUGUUAAUUGGCAUCUACCCCGAAGGAGGAGGUGAAACCAGCAUUGAAACCCAGCAAGGAGUGGUGAGCGGCUCCCACCCCCACCUCCUUGUCAUCUGGUCUGCUUCACUCCCACCUGUCUCCCCCUAUGAUCUGGAACUGAUCUCCACUCCAGCUGUUUGAUCUGCGCACACGGAGUGGGUGUGUUAGUCCAGGAUUUUAAUAGGAAAUCUCACUGCACCAGCAGGCUCGUAGGGCUCUAAGGGGGAACAUGAAUGGAGCUGUUCUCCAGACCCACGUCCCUUCCCAGUCCUGGGCCUGAUUCUCCAGGGCCUGAUGCCUCGUGCAGCCAGCCGCUUUGCACCAGUGUGAGCGGCCUGGUGGGGUGCGAAGUGGGAGGUUGCACCAGCAUUUUGCAUGGGGGGUAAACAACCACACCAGAUGCAGGGCCACAAAGAAUCGGGUCUUUUGUGGGGGUGGGGUUCACAGAGGAUCUUAAUCUCAUUUCAGACCCCGGGCAGCCACCCGCUUCCCUGCCUCCCCUUGCCCUGAGGAGUCACCAGCUGACUUUGAGGGAUCUAGCCCCAGUCCUGGAGGUGCCCUAUACAGGUUUCUCAUGUGGCUGGUGUCCUGACAUCUCCUGAGGUUCAUCUCAGAAUGGGAUCCAUCCUUCUUCACGUCAGUGACUUGGAUCUCCCCAGUCUGCAAAGUUUUAAUAAAUGAGGGUGUUUUUACUGUUACUUUAAAAUAUUUUAGAGCAGGUGGGUUAAUAAACGAGGGAACGUCUCCCUCCCCCACAAUGAUUUUAUGCUGCUCAGUGGUUGAGGAUGGUUGUAAUGUAUUCUCCCCUGCCACAUCCUGCCUGGCUUAUAACCCCCAGGCCCUACAGCCCCCCCCCCCCUUCUGGACUUGAGCCAGGCUGCAGGGACAGGGUGUCGGGGGGAGGGGCAACUCUUUGGUUUGACCCCCUGUUGAAAGAAACUGGUGAGUGCCCCUAAAAUGUAUUUGGAUGAGUUUUAAAGAAAGAUUCUGCACACAGAA